AUGUUGGAGCGUACGGUGGGAUGUCUCGAAACGAGCAGCAUACGACGCAUUCUGCCACCGUCUAGAAAAGCUGUUAAAAGCCGUCGUACUUUGCAUUCCGCCUUCUGGAACCACGCAGCCUGUGCUUUAGAGCUUCCUCCGUUAUGGGCAGCAAUUCUGUCAGACGCAGAUGCGCGACAGGAAGAGACAAACGUGGAACAGAAAGUUUCCGGUUCAAAUGGAGGUAUUUUGCUGGACUUUCUUUACCCGGCUGGAACCCUGAAUUAUCUUCGAAACAACUCGAGCUGGGGUCUGGAAAGAGAAGGGCGGGUUGGAAGAUCCGGGUUCUCCAAGCUGGGACAGCGAUUGUAUUCAUCUUCUGCCGUGGAUAUACCACCUACUGGAAGUUCAAUAUUGAAGCCCGAUGACAGCAAAAGUCAUGGGACCCAGAUAUCGGAGCCGACCAUGGAGUAUCUCCGCAAGAGAAUGGGGUUGUUGAGGGAAAACGAUUACGAUGAGGCGUGGCGACAGUAUAGACUGAUGGAGACUGAUGAGCAGAAACUACUGCGGAAACGGCUCAUUGUGUACUAUUCCACCUCGAAACGGAUCAUUGACGCAGAAAGGUCACUGGAUUUGUUUCAUGCCUUGGCAGUUGAAGAAAGAGAUGCCAUGGCAUUCCAAAAUGCCAUACGAUCAUGUCUACGGCUGCGAAAUCUACAGGAUGCGUUCCAAAUGAUUAAAAGCGCCACGGAAAAUCUCAGUAUCCCUAUUGGCUCUGACCAGAUUUUCUCUCACCUCGUAGCAGCCGGCUCAUGGACUCGUGCGUGUACAGUAUGGUGGGACGUGAAACAGUGGGAAUUGACACAUCCAGGCACCACUUACAACCUGUAUGCGGUUGUGGAAAGACAUACCACCUUUGAUGAUCUAGCUUCCAAUGUGAUCAAAUAUCUAAAUGAGAGGUACGACCAAUUGACCCUGGCUACCAGCGACAAGCGACCGGCCUUGCUGGACUUCGCCACAGACCUUGCGAAGAAAGCAUUUAAUGUGAGAGAGAAUUUCCGUCCAGCGAAAUUUUCUAUCAUAUUCGAUCAUGUUCGUCGAUGGAGCGUGGUUCUACCAGUGGAAUACGAGCAAAUUCUCCGAGGACUUACUUCCUUGGGUCAUAAAUCGUUAGUUGUUUCCCUUUAUAGGAGGCUACGAGAAAGCGGGGAAUUUCCAUUUACCAGAGCUACUCUUAUUUCCCUGCUCAAAAUCUUUUGCGAUGGCCACAGCACCACAGGAAUUGAACAGGUUAUGGAGGAUUUCUGGAAUCACCACGGCAGUCCAUCGGGGAAUGUAUAUAGAUACUCCAUGAGAGUGUAUGUUGCAAAUGGAGAUGCCGAAAAGGUUCAUUAUCUCUUCCAGCAAUCAGAAAGGAAUAGACAACGCACCAAACAACGGCCUCACAAAGAUCCCAAUUUCCUAACGCCACUACUUCAGGUCCACUCCAAGAGGGGCGAAAUAUCAGAAGUGAUCAAGACGUUCGAUUCGAUUUCGGAGAGAUUUGGGUUGCAGCCAAAUAUUUUAUGUUGGAACAUUCUCAUUGCUACAUACGGGCGACUCCAAGAUUUCGACGGAGCUUUAGCUUGUUACCAGCAGCUUCUCGCGAUACCAGACCUAAAGCCCGAUUGUUACACGAUCGGUACACUUAUGGGCAUGGCAACAAGACGGGGUGAUGUUGAAACACUUCUGUCACUGUGGCGUACUGCAGGCGAGUUGAAGAUAGAGAGAAGCACUGCCAUGGUGGACAUGCUAGUCUGGACCUAUAUACAUGAGGACAAAUUAGCAGCCGCGGAAAAGAUAUGCGAAGAUGCCGUGAACAUGGAUCUCAAAGGCACUCGAACUAGGAUGUGGAACUAUCUCAUCGUUGGGUUUGCUCAGCGACGUGAUCUAAUAAACACCAACCGCAUUCUCCAGCGGAUGACGAAGUUGCAGAUACCGCAAGACGAAUUUACCUAUGCCGCGCUGAUGCAAUCUCUGGCUAUGAAUAAGCAACCUGAUCAAGCCUAUGCGAUAAUUCAGAAAGUCCUGCCCAGAGCAGGGCUGAGAGCCAGUCUCUAUCACUAUGCUAUUGUGAUGGGAGGGUAUCUUGCAACCAACAACAUUCCUAGAGUAUUCCGAAUACAUCAGCAUCUUGUCCGAAGGCUGGGACACAACUCCAAAGCGGCGAGUGUGAAUGCUUUACUGCUUAGAGCAGAAGCAAGAACCGACGAAUGGCUAUUGGAACAAGGAACAGAAUCGGAGAAAUUCCAGCGCUCAAUGGAGAUGUUUCUAAGCAUCACUUUCAAUCCAGCAGAUAUGGCCCGUACUCCGGUUACGAAGGGCAUAUACUCACUACCUCUCGAUAUAGCAUAUCCCGCUUCUAUUCAUAGUUUUGUUAUGAUGAAUCUUGCAAAGCAUUCCGAAACCAAAUCAGUCACAGAGGUCUACGAGCGGUACAUGAGUGCUAUCCCAGAAAGCCGCCGACAAGAAAUUCCCCCAAAUAUGAUUCUAUCAGCUCUAAUGCUGUCAAAAUUUCGCGAUCGUGAUCAAGAUGGUGUUUUCGAAUGUUGGGAUAUGAUUCUCGCUAAUGCGAGAGCUUUGAAGAAGAGCGUUGUAAUUCAACACCCGGAUGAAUCACGCGCUUCCGAGAAGCUCCAAGUCCUCUAUCAGGAUCAGCUUGUCCUGUCAAAAUCUCUGUCGUGGUAUCUAAGGGCACUAGCAUGGAACAGUAUGGGUGAUUGUACCAAAGUCACUGCCACUGUUGAGGGGCUUCUGGAGGAGGGGUUUGUCCUCGACAACCACAAUUGGAACAAAUAUGUACAAAUAUUACUCAGCAGUUCCAAGGUCAAAGGAGCAUUCCAAGUCUGUGAAGAAAGACUCAUGCCUGGAUUUACAGGUUGGUCUAUGGUACGACGACAUAUGCCUGUACGAAACAGGUUGCCCAAAGCAAUUCGCGAUUUGAGGAAGACUAGUCGGCAUUUACGACCAAUGAUAAACACCCAACUCGCUCUUGCAAGAGCUUACAUCUCUUUCAGGGAGUCUGCUAUGGAAUCUGCGGCUUAUCAGUUCUGGUUGGAGGACUUAGAGAGGUUAUAUCCUCAAACUUGUCAAAUGAUCAAGACCAUGAGGCGGAAGGAGGACCCGAUGGAACUCAUGAUGUUGAGAGACGUGUAG